GGGCAGUGGCAGUGGCAGUGGCAGUAAGGCGAUAAUGAGGACUGCUGUUUCCUACCUUCCUGUGGCAUCAGACUACCCAUCCGUCCAAACACGCCACGACAUCGCUAUAUCCGGAUUCAGUCAUGUGAUCACUUUCGCAUGCAUCCUAGAGACUCAGUAACCAGGCCCCGUUUGCGAGUAGUGGAUUUAAACGAGUUUAGCACUUAUUCGGGCAGAGAGCAGCGAUUAGUGAAACAAAAGGACAGUAAUGCAAGGCUCCUCGAUCUGAACUGUGACUCUUCCUGGCCACGCAGAAGACAUAUUAUGAAACCUUAAUAUAAUGGCGGCAGUAGACAAGGAUUGGAAUCUGCCUUAUACGUGUUUUGCCCUACACACAGUGAACCACUCACAGUUAUGCCCUUUAUGGCCACUAUAGCCUCUGUGACUCCUUACAUUGCCGCCAUCUCUUUUGUAAAUCCCUGUGCUUAGUCUGCAUAAAAGUAGUGAGUUCACAAAUAACUAUUAAACUAUAAAUGCUAGAUGGUUCUAUAUACGAGCAGCAGUACAGAAAAUAAGUUGGUUCUGCCAGAUCAUCUGGAACCCACAUGUGGCACACACAUGACACGUGUGACACAGGCUGUAAAGGUUGCACUAACUACACAGUGAUUCAGCAAGUUUAUUUUUACCAGCUGUGUAGGGUCCGUGCUACGUCAGGCCGACUAUCACGUGACGACCACAGGCGGCGGGGAUUAUUUAAGGUGAACCGGUUACAAUGCAAAAGUAGAACGUGUCUCGAACACAGGACGGAUACAUUUAUUGUAUUACAGAAACUGCCUAAUAAGACAACUCAGUGAAAACUUUCAAGAUAAAACGUCAAGGAUCCCCCUUAAGGGUGCAGGAGGGUGUGAAGAUGCCACCAAUGUCUCACAAUGUGGAGACAGCCGCUGUUGUGCGGGAACACAUUAGCAACAACAAAGUCAUGGUCUUUAGCAAGACCACAUGCCCAUUUUGCGCAAAGGUGAAAGAUCUCCUUAAAAGUCUCAAUGUUGAAUAUGGUGUUUUGGAGCUGGACACGCUAGAAAAUGGCCAGGCAGUGCAGGCAGCAUUGUUUGAACUCAGUGGUCAGAAAACAGUACCUAAUGUCUUUAUAAAUGGAAAACACUUAGGCGGCUGUGAUGAAACGCUUAAGGCACAUGCUGAAAGUAGGCUUAUGGCACUGCUCAAUGAGCCUGUGGUGCCAUAUGACUAUGACCUCAUUGUCAUUGGUGGUGGAUCAGGGGGCCUAGCAGCUGCUAAGGAAGCAGCUAACUUGGGGAAAAAAGUGGCACUGCUGGACUAUGUCAAACCUAGUCCAAAAGGAACAACAUGGGGUCUUGGGGGUACCUGUGUUAAUGUUGGCUGUAUACCAAAGAAGUUGAUGCACAGAGCUGCCGUCAUAGGCGAGGAGUUCCGUGAUGCAAGGAUGUUUGGGUGGGAUGUUCCAGAGAAAGUGACUCUUAACUGGGAAACGAUGAGAAAUGCAAUUCAGGAUCACAUUGGAUCAUUGAACUGGGGAUACCGCGUGCAACUGAGAGACAAGAAAGUUAACUACGUAAAUGCCUAUGGUGAACUUGUCACUCCUCACCUUGUUAAAGCAACUAAGCGAAACAACACAAGUGUAGAAAUGACAGCUGAAACUAUCAUUCUUGCUAUGGGCGAACGACCACGCUACCCCAAUAUUCCUGGUGUAGAGGAGUUCACCAUUACAAGUGAUGAUCUGUUUUCUUUGCCAUACUGUCCUGGCAAGACGUUGUGUAUUGGUGCAUCUUACGUAUCACUAGAGUGUGCAGGAUUUCUGGCUGGUAUUGGAUUGGAUGUGACAGUUAUGGUACGCUCCAUUCUGUUACGUGGCUUUGACCAGCAGUGUGCUGAGAUUAUUGGCAGCUACAUGGAGAGUCACCAUAUAAAGUUCCAGAGGAAAACGGUGCCCAUCAAGAUUGAACAAGUGAAAGAAGGAUCUCCAGGUCUGUACAAAGUGACUGCACGCAACUCAGAUGGACUAGAGUUUACUGAAGAAUACAAUACAGUCUUGAUGGCAAUUGGUCGUGACCCUUGCACAAAAGGCAUUGGACUAGAGAAUGUCUGCGUAGAGCUUAACUCCACGACAGGUCGUGUACUAUGCAAUGAUCAAGACCAGACAUCUGUACCCAACAUCUAUGCUAUUGGUGACAUUGUGGAGGGAAGGCCACAGCUAACACCUGUGGCUAUCCAGGCAGGGCGCUUGUUAGCCAGGCGACUGUAUGCAGAUUCCACGGUUCUGUGUGACUAUCACAAUGUGGCAACAACAGUGUUCACGCCUAUUGAGUAUGGUGCCAUCGGUUAUUCUGAAGAGGAUGCUGUUGAAGCAAUUGGAGAAGAAGAUAUAGAGGUGUACCACAGCAACUUCGUCCCUCUUGAAUGGACUGUGCCUCAUCGUGAAGAGAAUGUGUGUUAUGCCAAACUCAUCUGCAAUCGAGCAGAUAAUGAACGCGUAGUAGGCUUUCACGUGGUGGGUCCCAAUGCAGGGGAGAUCACACAGGGCUAUGCUGUAGCAAUGAGGAAAGGUGCUACCAAAGAAGACUUUGAUAUGACCAUUGGCAUCCACCCAACUUGUUCUGAGACCUUCACUACUUUAUCAGUCACCAAACGGAGUGGGGAAAGUACAGAAGUGUCAGGAUGCUGAGGUUAACUUCCCUGCUGCAUCUUCUUAACGCCUUCCUGAAGGUCCACAGUUUUGUCUGUGAUGUCUUGCUCCAGCAACAUUGGAUUCUUUGGCUGGUUGGCCAUGAGCUGAUAACAACACUUAAAAACAACUAAUUGACCUUAAUUUGGAUAACCCUCAAUGUGGCACUGGACAUACGCUUGUCUACCAUGUUUUUACUGGUGCAGGAAAUCUUUACUAGUUAAAAAGAUGUAAAGGACUUCAUUUCAUCAUUGCAAAAGUUCACCCUGAGAGGAGAAUCACAGUGUGUCUACAGCUGACAUUUGGGAUUUUGGGGCUUUUGCAAUAGCUUGGUUUUGGGGCUUAGCUUUCAGAUAUUUAAUGACGAUCAGCUGAGAGUGACUGACAGCGACAGAGCUGACAGACAGCUCUGUAAAUGGGGUUAUCCUUGUGCACGUUAUCUUGGACAGUCCAGUUGUGUGUUGCAAUGAGCUUGGUGGUGAGGCUGACCUUCAGGAAAAUAGGGCGUUUGCAGCAGGGACUUCUCUUCAUUUGUGAUGAUGCAUGCAGAAGCUUACAGUGUGAAGCUUGAAUGAUGGCCUUGUUUUCAAAUCCCAUAUGGGACCAGCAAGGCUUGAUGAACUGCGUGCAGCAUCACUAUUCAAGACAAAGUGGAACAGAGCACCGUGGAAUGAUGCGACUGUACCACUUUAUCUUGGAUUCCAUCAGAUUCUGUGUCUUCAAGAGUUUCACCAGCAUUUACCGUUGAAUGAUAAAACUAUUUUAAAAGGACUUUGGAUAAUUGGAAAUGAAUGUAGAACUUAAGGAAGCAACUAGAAAAAAUGUUUGUGUGUGGCUUUGUGUGACUAGGGCAUUGGCAGAACAGAACUUGGAGCAUGUUUUGAUAUCAAUAGUGUUUUGUUGAUAUUGCUGACAUGCUGCUUGUUAUAAUUUAUUAUGUGUUUACAAAACAUUUUUCAUUAAGAUUUUCGUAUGCAGAAUGCAGUGUGAGCAUUCUUGGUCUGAGAAAAAUGUAUUACUGACAGUGGCAUUUAAUAUCCAUGUUGGAUAUUUGGUUUAUAUGAACGAUGCUUACAUGUUUGUGAAGAAUAAUAUGUAUUCUAUUGUAAACAGUAUAAUAUGUUGGACAGGCAUUGAUGUCUGUCUUAUUGAAAGUGCACAUAAAAAGUUGCAGGAUUUUGUUUUGUUUUUCAAACUGUGUAGCGGUCUAAAGCAGAGCAUUUAUACUAUUUCCUCUGUCUUGACAUUUUUGCCGGAUGAUAAACAUCUAUGAGAAAGAUAGCACAUUUAAAUUUCUGAUUAAAAUUGUUUAGCAAAAGUGAUGCUGAAUCAGUAUUCUAAGAACUAUAUUUUGUAGGUGGAUGUGGAGUAACCUGGGGUGGAGGAGCUGCAUGCCUGUGUGCAGUUCUUUGUGUCUGUCACCUAUCUGACCUAGAUCUGUAUACUCCUUGAUCAAUUUAUUUGUUUUUAAGCUAAAAAUGUAAGUUGUUACAGUUUGAAUUCCAUUUUGUGUAUGUUCAGAAGAUAGUGGAACCAAAGAAAAGUGGUGUUCUUUACUGCAGUUGCAUGUGCAUAAAACGUUUGAAAAAUUAAAAUUCUUGCCUCUUA